GAUAUACUGAUAGUUUAUUAUGGCGUAAUAACAAAAUAUUUUGGAAUUAAAUUUUUCCACUAACUUAAUCGAUUUCAUUCUAGAUAUUUCAAUAAUUACUAUUGUUAUCUUAAUAGGCUAUAAACAGAGAAAUGCAUCAGUCACUUGUUAUAUUUUCUCUAGGCUUUACACAAAUAUAUUACUUUUCUCAGUUAAUGAUUUGUAAGUAUAUUAAAAAAUAAAUUCUUUUUACAUUUUAACCAAACAAUACAAUUUGAGGAUUCUGUUUUGCAAGUAACAUAUGCUGUUGUUCUUAGUUGUUAUCACUUUUGUCAAGGUAAUGGCUGCUAAUGAGUGGUGGUGUAUUCACAGCAUGAUUUGUUCCACUUGUAUAUGCAAACUACCAAAGUCAGGAGGUAAAUGUUAACUCUUCAAAUACAGAAAAUCACAGUAUAGUGGUUGAAGCUGUAGUGUAACAUCAGAUGCAAUUAAGUCAUCUAUUAUUAUUUAUGGAAAUUACACCAUCUUCACAUGAUUGCUAUUGUAUCUAUUUGUUUAAAAAAUACUUUUAUUAAAUUUGGUUUAAAGUAAUAAUGGCUCCAUAUCUAUUUUUGCUUUUGUGUAGAGUAUGUUGCAAGAGCAGUUAUUAGUUUUUUUGGCAGAAAAGGGGACAGAACAUACUUAGGAAGGCAAUCGGUACUUGUGCAUCUGUCAGCAUGCAUUGAUUCCAUCUGGUUUAUCAGUAACUUCUUAUACUCUGUAGCAAACAAACAAGAAGUGAUUGGCUGUUUGGAAGAAGGUGGGAUGGCAGUGGUUGUGGUGUCAUAGCGUUUCUGAAGGUGGUUUGUUUGUGUGUGUCUCCUGACAAAUAGUUAUCCCCCCUCAGCUCCUGCUUCAGGCGGCUCCUCCGGGCAUGCUCCUUAAGCCAAAGUAUGGCCGCUUUCGCAACGAGUCUGUGACCUCCUCCGACGACCUGAUGCAGAGCUUAGCCAUGAGCGGCAAAGUUGUGGCCACACCGGUGGUCCCCUCCUCCACCCCGAGCCUUCCUCUGCCUCCCCUGCCUCCUCUGGAUCCCAGUGUCAGAUCGUCCUCCUCUGCUGGGGCUACAGCCCUGGCCGACUCCCCUUGCCUGGAUGGGGAACAGGAUGCCACCACUACCUUCUGCAUGCUCAUCCCUAAGAUGCCCCAGUGGAAGUUCUCCAACUCUCUGCUCAGCCGGAGCCCGUCCAACUCCAGCUCCAGCUCCAGCUCUAGCAAGGACUCGGGCAAGGCAGCAGCAGCUCCUUCCCAGGCCUCUGUCUCCCAUUCUUCAUCAUCACAUAGGCCCAGUGGUGCCACCUCAGCCAGUGGCCCAGUGGCCAGUCUCGCAGCAGUGCUUAACUCCUGUGACCCUGUGUGUGUCACCCCCUGUUCCUUGCAGGCCAUUCGGGGGCAGAGAGCAGUUGUAGCGGCAAACUCUGCCAGUCCAGGAGGGCACGUAUUUGGGACCACAGAGGCCAUGGCGAGCCCUGGGGGUUCCAGCAGCUCCAGGUCAGGAAUGAACCGCAGGACAAGGGUGGAAGGCAUGUGGCUGGGGGGAGAGGACUUCACCCAGAAGGGUAGCUUCAUCCACAAACCCUCUCAAGGCUGGCUGCACCCUGACAAGAAGAUUGCAGGACCAGGGGCCUCUUAUAUUGUUAGGUACAUGGGCUGCAUUGAAGUAUUGAAGUCAAUGCGCUCACUGGACUUCAACACGCGGACUCAGGUGACAAGGGAAGCCAUCAACAGGCUGUGUGAAGCUGUGCCAGGCGGAAAGGGAGCUUGGAGAAGGAAGGCCGUGAACAAAGCUCUUCAGGCCAUUAUGGGGAAGAGUAACCUGCGAUUUGCAGGCAUGAGUAUUGCAGUCAAUAUUUCCAUAGAUGGCCUUGGUCUGCUUAUCCCUACCACACGACAGGUGAUAGCACACCAUCCCAUGCAGUCUAUCUCAUUUGCCUCUGGGGGAGACACGGACACGCCUGAUUAUGUUGCGUAUGUGGCCAAAGACCCAGUGAAUCAGAGAGCGUGUCACAUCCUGGAGUGCGCAGACGGUUUAGCCCAGAGUGUCAUCAGUACCAUCGGCCAAGCCUUCGAGCUGCAGUUCAAACAGUACCUACAUAGUCCUCCCAAAACCAUGGCGUCUAUGGAGAGGUCUGCCAGGACAGAAGAGCCAAUGUGGGGGGAGGAUGAGGACUUCUCUGAGCAUGACUACUACAACAGCAUCCCAGGGAAGGAGCCUCCUGUUGGGGGAGUGUUGGACUCCAGGCUCAGGUCCACUGGAGCCCUACUGGGUCACAUCCACACCCAACCACAGAGCAAGACAGCAUUACAGAUGGGCUCACCAGCUAGGAGGGAGCAAGCAUCUUAUCCCCCUGGUCAGCUCUGCUAUGAACUUCACUGGGACACUGAGACCACCAGUAGCUCAGGUCUGACAUCAGAUGGUUACCUGUGUGCUGACGGCCAGCCACCAGGCAACAGAGAUUAUGAGGAGCAUCAGUACGUCAACACCCAGAGUCUGGAAAACCUGGACUCACUGGCACAUGGGCCCGAAGGACACAGAGGAGCCAGGGCACCCGACAGUCCUAAAAAGGACCUCUUUGACAUGAGGCCUUUUGAGGACGCACUGAAGCUCCACGAGGCCUGUGGAGGAGUACCACCAGCUGGAGGUGUCCGGGUCCUGGAGGACCAGUGGCCAAGCCCUCCACGCCGUCGAGCCCCUGUGGCCCCAAAUGAGGAGCAGCUCCGCAGGGAGACAUGGUAUCACAGCCGCAUGAGCAGACGGGACGCAGAGAGACUCCUGGUCCGAGAUGGAGAUUUCCUGGUCCGGGAGAGCACUACCAACCAAGGACAGUACGUGCUAACUGGCAUGCACUGUGGCCUGCCCAAACACCUACUGCUGGUGGACCCAGAGGGAGUGGUCCGAACCAAAGACAUGUUAUUUGAGAGCAUAAGCCACCUUAUCUCGUACCACCUGAAGAACGAGCUGCCUAUUGUGGCAGCAGAGAGUGAGCUCCACCUCAAACAGGUGGUCAGGAGGAAACAGUGAGCCACCUGGCCCUGCAUGGGACAGUGAGCAUACAGUAUACUACUUUUGUAAGGGAUGCCCAAAAUGAUUUAAUGAUUGAAAAUGUAGAUAUCAGGGAGGCAGUGGAUAGUAAACCUUAAUUUCCAUUUUAAAAUACUACAUGUUAAGAAGAAUUAGAUAUAUAGGUAUAAGUCCCUUAAAUGACUGUAUUGACCUUCAAUCAGUUCCUAAAAUUGCCAUCCUUCUUUGUCUCCACAGAAGAAUUAUUGUGCUCUCAUGCAAAAACCACAGAAAAAAAUGAAUAUCACUUAUCCCGGAUGGAUAUUUAUCUGGAACAAAGGAUAUCACUGAUACUUUCUUUCCAACAACAACAACUCUACUAAGGAGAGUGAGGCAUCUGACAUCUUCUUGUACUUUCUCUGCCUUUUGCCUACCAGGAUCAACCAAACUAUCCCUUAAUCUGUCACAAACGCCUCAGCAUGCAGCUAUUAAGCUAACAAACCAACCAGAUUCCACUUCCACUUUCAGAGCUGGAAAAUUGUCAACCGAUGUCAAAAAUGAAAGCGACGACUGUUUGAAGAGGACCCAACUUCAGGAAAUCAAAUAAGGAUUUGAUGUGCAGAGAAGUAAUGUCCUACAAUGCCUGUAAUAGUGAAGUGCUUCCAGUAUACCGUGGCUUUACAGUCAGUCACAGGUCAUCCACUGAACAAAUAAUAGACAUCGCCAAAACAAAACUUAUUAUCUGGUACAGAUACUGUAUAAAAAACAAAAGAUGUCAGGUUCUUCAGUAGGUCAUUUCUGUAUAAAUGCAAGAAAUGAAAAUACUUAAAUGAUAACGACAACUGAAGUUUCAUUGGAAUGUAAAGACUGUUUGUUGUCACAUGUUCACAGGUCUGCAGUACCUGACUCUGAGAUGGCACAAUGGAAACACACUGAACAUGAUUCAGUGCUGGAUUUAUAAAUCAUGCAUUCAUACUAUAUUCAUAUAGACAGCCAAGUGGACAUACAGUACAUUGUCUUGAAAGUGAGAAGUUUUAUCAUAUUUACCAUAAAUAUUUGUCAUUUGUGUUGUGUUUGCAAGGGCUGUUAAUCAUUUGUUAAAGACAUACUGUAUGUGUUGUAUAAGCCUGUGAAAAUUAUUGGUCAGACUGUACUCAAAUGAAUACUACGUCCUGGGUUAAAAACAACUACUCUGCAUACAAAUUCAGUUUAUCUGUGCCUGUACACCACAGCACCUCCAACGUCAGUGCCUUAUUAACUACAGAGACAGGCAUUUGUGUCCGAGUGUAAUAUAAUGUGCAUUUAUGCUCCUAAUGCAAAACACUAGUUUUCUUGCCAUGCCAAUGAAUGACUGAACAAACGUCAGGAUGAUUAAGCUCUUAUACUUGUGAACAGUCAUGUAAGCUGCUCUUGUUUUGUUUAAUAUGGUCUUAUUGUGUCAUGACUGUCAUUGUCCCUCACAACAGUCCCCUCAGUAAAGCUUCUUUUCUUAGAGGCCAUAGACAGCACAGGUCUACCGUGAUUGAUAUUUAAGACAGGGGAUUUGGACUUGAAAUUAAAUCCUUUAUUUGUCCCGCCUCAGGGAGAUACAUCACUUUAUUGAUUGUCCUCAUCCCACAUCUGUGUCUUUACAUGUCAUUGCUUGUGUAUUUCUGCUCCUUGGCUACAGUGACAGUAAGUUUCCUACCCCAAUUUUUGCCAAUGUAAUACUUUUAAAUCUUACUAGAGGUAGGUCAUAUGCUUUUUGCAAUUCUUUCUGUGUCAUUAGCAACAUAUCUUUUAACAGGCCCUCCACUGCUCUUAGCUGCAGCCUCAUGAAUGCACAGACAGAUGAGGUGAGCUAAAAGGCUUUUGGUGAGGUCCAAAUGAUUAAUAUAAUUAUUUCAGAUCUCCUUUUUGCUUUCUCAGGAAUUUCUUGGAUCUUUUCCUCUUCGAUUAACUUUGGCUUUUUGUCAAUAAAACUAAAUGAAAAGAGGGUACACUUCAA